CAAUGUCAGACCAGACGCUGCUUUGACACAUCUGACCGGAAAUGAUCUGUUCUUAAACUAUCGAGUCUCCUCCAGAGUUUGCGUGUGAAGGUGUGACUGAGAAGGUCCCUCGCCUCCUUUAGAACCCGGUCUCCCGCUGCGUGUUGUCGGCUCCUCCGUGUCUGUUUCCCGGACUCCCGCAGGAGACUCUCCCCGGACAAGAUGCGUCUCACGCUGCAGAUGCUGAUCUCCCACGGCCGGAUGGCCCGGAGGAUGGGCCUGGGGCCGGAGUCCCGCAUCGACAUGCUGAGGAACAUCCUCACAGGACUGGUCCGACACGAGAGGAUCGAGACCACCCGGGCCCGAGCCGACGAGGUCCGCUUCUACGCCGAGAAGCUGGUGGACUAUGCCAAAAAGGGAGACACCGAUGACAAGGCAAUGAAAAUGGCCAGUUUUUGGCUGACGGAGAAGGAUCUGGUCCCGAAGCUCUUCAAGGUCCUAGCCCCACGGUUUGAGACUCAGUCCAAAGGUUACACACGGAUGGCGCAAAUCCCCAACAGACAGAACAUGGACAGAGCUAAGAUGGCCGUCUUGGAGUUCAAGGGCAACCCCUUCCCUCCUCUCUACCCGGCGAAUAAGGAGAAUGAACUGACGCUCAUCAACCAGCUGCUCAAAGGCUACAGAGAGGAGAGGGCACAGGAGCUGGCUGCAAAAUCAUAACUCACAGCAGUUUGUGGCCUAAAGAGACUGAUGCAUUUCAUUCAGUGAAGGAACAGAUCAAAAGUUCCACCUGCAACUGAAGCAAAGGACAUUUCUGUACGGGAACAUUUCUGAUUGAUAAUGUAUUAUAAAAUAAAUGUCCUAUCAAGAGUAAAA